UCUCCAACAGAGCGUAUGCCAGGUCAGGUAUAAGUCUUUAUUGUUUCUUUCUACAGUCAAUCAAUUUCUUUCGUCUAGUCGCUUUCUAAGUCGGAUCCGAACUCUUCGUCGUUCGGAAAACUUCGGCCCGGGGAGAUCGGGCCCCCGGCGCGGUGCCAGUCUCGGACGACCGCGGCGCUGCUGAGCGCGCACCGCCACAUAUAUAUUAUAUUUACAAUUAUUUUAAACAUUCGUACAAUUUGUUUUUAAUUUGCAAUAUUAAUAAAUCAGCUAGGAUUCCUGGAUAUUAUAUCUUCAUAACUAACCACAGCCGUUAUUUAUACAUACUAAAGAUAAACAUGGCUGCGCGUUGCAUCGGAAGCUGUCCCUCAAAAUUUGCAGCUAAUAGCAACCCCAGCAAUAUGUAUGGCGCGUCCCUCCUACAGGGUCUCUAAUUCGUUGAAUUAAAGAUGUAUCGGACUGAUUGUGAGCCACAGCUACGCGUAGCGAGGCACCCCUAAUCUACUUAUAAUUAUAAGAGAUAUAGCUAAGUGGCAUAUUUCCCGCACUGGCAUAUUCCCCCGACUCACUUUACAUAUUUCCUAAUCUAAUAUAUUCUAGAUCUUAUUUUACAUGAUUAUUUUCAGCCAUGUAUCAGGAAUCACGUUAUUGGGAGUACCAUCGGAAGUUUAUCAAUAUGGAUCUCAAUACGCAGCAUGCGUUUUCACAUCGUUUCUUUCGUGUUCAAUAAGUGCUUACAUAUUUCUUCCGGUUUUUUACAAGUUACAACUGACCAGUACCUUUGAAUAUUUAGAAAUCCGAUUUAGCAGAUCAGUUAGAUUACUUUGCUCAUUUUUAUUUCUAAUUUCUUAUAUCAUGUAUAUUCCCAUUGUAAUUUACGUACCAGCAUUGGCAUUCUCUCAAGUAACUAAUUUUAGUUUACAUACAAUCACACCGAUCCUUUGCGCUGUUUGUAUCCUUUAUACAAGCAUUGGAGGAUUAAAAGCAGUUGUGUGGACGGAUACAAUACAAUUUACUGUUACAGUCGGAGGUUUGUUCACUAUUCUCUUCUUAGGUAUUAAUUCGGUUGGUGGAAUAUCGGAAGUAUGGAACCGAUCCGAAAUGGGUAAUCGUUUAGUAUUCUUCAAUAUGGAUAUCAACCCUUACACUAGAAAUACAUUUUGGGCAAUGACUAUAGGAAUGACAAUAACAUGGCUCGUACAUCUUGGUGUACAUCAAGGAGUUAUUCAAAGGUGUCUUUCGGUACCAAAAGAAACGGAUGCUAAGCGAGCACUAGGCAUGACAGCUAUAGGUUUGAUUCUCGUAAAGAUAGUUUCCGUUUUCACAGGAUUAAUCAUAUACGCUAAAUAUUUUAAUUGCGAUCCUUUGCUUUCCAAGAGAAUACAAAGGGCCGAUCAAAUUCUACCUUAUUACGUGAUGGACGUGGCAGGAAAUGUACCAGGAUUGCCAGGUUUGUUUUUAGCUGGUCUUGUAAGUGCAGCUCUUGCUACAAUGAGUGCAAGCUUGAAUACUAUGUCCGGCACAAUUUAUAAAGAUUUUAUCGAUCCAUGGAUACCAAACGGACCAAACAAAGAAGCUCGAGCAGCUACGACUAUGAAGAUAAUCGUACUUAUCAUAGGAGGAAUUUCGGUUGGAUUAGUGUUCGUCGUCGAACAACUUGGGCCAGUUUUUCAAAUAUCCGUUAGUAUGCGCAGCGUAACCGAUGGCCCUUUACUCGGUUUGUUUCUACUAGGAAUGUUGGUCCCAUUGUCCAAUGCUCAAGGAGCCCUUUUAGGUGGUUCCGUGUCUUUGAUUAUAAUGUUUUUCUUAGCCGGUGGAUCAGAAUGGUACAUGACAAAUGGACAAAUUCGUAAAAUUCCAUUACCAGUGUCGAUAGAGGAAUGCCCAUAUCCGUUAAACGAAACAGAAAUUACUACACGAAGACCAUUGACAUUAGAAGAAGAACCAAUUGGUAUAUUCAAGAUAUCCUUUCUGUAUUUUACCUUGAUAGGUGCUAUGCUGGCCGUAGUAUUCGGUAUUAUUGGAAGUUAUGCGUUUGGUAAGGUUGAUCUAACUCAAGUAGAUCCCGAUCACAUUUCUCCAAUAAUGAGAAGGUAAACAAAUUUCUAUACAAUAAUUCUUAUAGUUAGUAUCGAUAUCAUUUUAAUAUUAUUCCUUGGUGUAGAUUUCUACCGCGUAAAGAAUACGUGCAAGUAUCAUUGAAACCAACGCAAGAAGAAUUAGAAUUGAGCAAGGACAUUGAUCAUCGUCAAACAACGAUGAAGUUUAACGAGUAAAAAAAAAGGAUAUAGGAUAAACGUAGCUAAGAAUAAAGUAUUAUACGUGUCUUAUCAUAUUAUCAAGGACAAAUAUUUGA